CCCUCCAGGUCACAGAUGAAGAAACUGAGCCUCGCUGGGGUGGAGUCCCCCGUCCCACGUCACCGCGGCAGCAAGAGGCAGCACCGAGGUCUGGGGCCAGGGCUGGCUGCGGGCAGAACCCAGGCCCUACCUGGCGAUCCUGCUCCGCAUCUGGUUAGAGGAGAGAGGAGGCACCACAGGAAGCAGAUCGACUUGAUAACCAGCCCGAAGACGCAGGGAUUGCCACUAGACUGUGCAGGCCAGGAAACCGAGGUGGCUCAGGUCUGGGAAGGCAUCGGACCCGGGUCACACAGCCACCUGUCCCAGCCUGUCACAGCCGCCACCACCACCACCACCACCGUGGGUCCCGGGAGCCCCAGCUCCAGAGCCUGGCAUGUAGGGGGAGAGACCAGGAUCAUCAAGGGGUACGAGUGUCGUCCUCAUUCCCAGCCCUGGCAGGUGGUUCUGUUCCAGAAGACACGUCUGCUCUGUGGGGCAACCCUCGUCGCCCCCAAAUGGCUCCUGACAGCGGCUCACUGCCUCAAGCCCCAAUACAUAGUCCACCUGGGGAUGCACCACCUUCAGCGACAUGACGGCUGGGAGCAGACCCGGAGGGCCACCGAGUCCUUCCCCCACCCGGACUUCGACAACAGCGUCCCCAACAAGGACCACCGCAAUGACAUCAUGCUGGUGAAGUUGGCGUCGCCCGCCGUCAUCACCUGGGCCGUGCGCCCCCUCACCCUGUCGUCGCGCUGCGUCGCCCCGGGCACCCGCUGCCUCAUCUCCGGCUGGGGCACCACGUCCAGCCCCCAGUUGCGCCUGCCCCAGACCUUGCGAUGUGCCAACAUCACCAUCAUUGAUCACAAGGAGUGUGAGAACGCCUACCCGGGCAACAUCACGGACACCAUGGUGUGCGCCAGCGUGCGGGAGGAAGGCAAGGACUCCUGCCAGGGUGACUCCGGAGGCCCGCUGGUCUGCAAUGGGUCCCUGCAAGGCAUCAUCUCUUGGGGGCAGGACCCCUGUGCCGUCAGCAGAAAGCCUGGCGUCUACACAAAGGUCUGCAAGUACGUGGACUGGAUUCACGAGACGAUGAAGAACAACUAGCCGGCACCAGCUCGCCAGCCUCACCCACGCCCCGUCCACGCGUGGUGACGUGGUGCCUGUUCCUUCUGCUCCUGACGAAGCCGAAGCCUGGCCAGGGCCCCUUCACGCGUCCCCGGGGGCGUCCUGGGCUAGAUAGACGCCGACGCGCAAUAAGCAACUUGUCGGAACGGAUGAGACCGGAAUUCAUUAACCUGGGAGUCUGGGGGGUGGUUGUUUGGUAGCUGUUUGGUUCGCUGUUGUAUCCCAGGCCCAAAGACAGUUCCUGGCACGAGAUUUCAAUAAAUGUUUAGUACAUGGA